CAGAGCUUUUACUUUAUCCCUUAUUAUGCAUCUCAGUGCUUUAUAAGUACCGAAAACGUAUCUUGCAACUCAUUUGUGGGUAAUAGGAAAAUCAGAUUUUAAUACAUUAGAAAAUGCUUUCCUUAUCACUUCAUCCAUUAGCAGGUUACAGUGAAAAUCUGUCAGCAGGGAAAUCUUCUGCCAAAUCUACAUGCUAUAAUUUGUUGUUUAAUUGUUCGAGGAUGAGUUGUAAGACAAUUUAUUCAGAAUCUUCUUCAAAGUUUGGUGGAUUGAAUUUGUGGGUAACAAGAAGUCGGACUAUCUCAACUCAUGCCAAGAAGAAGUCUAGCAAACCUCAGCUGGUUAAGGAGAGUUCAACCACUGGGGAUGAUAUUCUUGCCGGUUUAAACGAGAUCUCAAACGAAGCGGUGAAAGCUAUGACUAAGCAAAACUCAGAGGCAAUAGAGGAAUUGAAGGACAAAGUUGAUUAUUUGGAAAGAUAUUUGGUUGAGGAAGGUGAAACUGAAGCUGCAAAAUUUAUGAUGAUAAUUGGAGGAAUGCUUAACCAUAUAGUUCCUGCUGAAAAAGAUGAGCUAAAUGAUGUUUAUAAGGCUGCUCUGAAAAAGAUGUGGAAUAUUGUUGAGGAUUCAGGAUGGAUUCUUAAAUUUGAAAAUGAAGAAACAAUGCAAGAGAUGGUUGAUGAUGAUCUUAUACCACCUGUGCUAAAUAAACCUUACUAAAGCUUGCCAUCAUUGGAAUGCACCAAAACUAAUGCAGUCUUUGUGGUUGAUUUAGCUCAAUUGAGAAGCUAAUACGGCUUUUGCAAGGUUGUGAGGCAAAGUUGCUUGUGCUAUAGAAGUUGGAAAUAAUAAUAUCCAAUUAGAAGAAUAGUAUAGAUGUGCUGAUAAGGGCAGAGAUCAUAAGGAGAAUUAAAGCGGCCCCUUGUAUCUAAAUGGUUAGGAUAAGGUCAGUUUUGAACCUAUUUGGCAAAUUUCAUUUCCGAUUACAGUAUCAGUACAAGAUAGGAUGGUAAGAGAGUUAAAUUGGAUUAGCCUCUGUUGCAGAAUCUAAAAUACUUGUGCCUUACAAAUUUAUCUCAUGCAAGGCAAAAGUUCAAUGCUGAUUCCUUUAUUACCAGAGGUUUGUAUCAAUAUGAAAGGCCACCUUAACAAUGAUUAAUUGGAUGCAAUUGGAAUUACCUAGCUUAGGUUUAAUCUACGGGUCUAAUUACCUUGA